AUGUACAGUGCAAGCGUGGUCGUUGGAGCCCCCAGAGCCAACACGAGGCAGAGCAAUGUUACAGAGGGAGGGUCUGUCUUCUACUGUUCAUGGAGCCUCGGACAAUCCGACUGUCAUGCCAUCGAAUUUGAUCUAGAAGGAGAUCGUAAUUCCGUGAUCAAUGACACAUCACACCAAGUUGACUUCAAGUCCCAUCAAUGGUUUGGAGCCACCGUACGUUCUCAUGGCGACACAAUUCUGGCUUGUGCCCCACUUUACUCCUGGAGAACUGAAAAGGACACCCCCCGUUCUGACGCUACAGGAACCUGCUACCUCUCAGUCCAGAAUUUCACCAAAUUUGUUGAAUAUGCUCCCUGUCGGACAGAACUCAGUGAUGCUGAAGGACAAGGCUACUGUCAGGGGGGCUUCAGUGCUGACUUUACAAGGGAUGGCAAAGUGGUGCUGGGUGGGCCGGGCAGCUACUUCUGGCAAGGUCAGGUGAUCUCUGCAGCUAAGGAAGAAAUUAUCAAAGCUUACUAUCCAGGUUAUUUUAUGCAGGCAGUGGAGGGUCAAAUCCAAACCAAACAGGUCCAGGCUGCACACGACGACAGCUACCAAGGCUAUUCUGUUGCUGUUGGUGAAUUCAGUGGCGAUCAGAUAGAAGAUUUCAUUGCUGGCAUUCCAAAAGGACCCACACUUAAUGGUUCGGUGUCUAUUUUAAAUGGUACAGAUCUGACAGCCAUGAUGAGUUACACCGGUGAGCAGAUAGGGUCGUAUUUUGGGUAUGCAUUGGCGACAAGUGACAUCAAUAAUGAUGGGAUGGUUGAUCUGCUGGUGGGAGCUCCGAUGCUAAUGGUUCGAGGUUCCGACAAUCGUCUGGAAGAGAUGGGCCGGGUCUAUGUUUAUCUACAGCGUGGCCCUUUAAACCUGGAGCUGAGUGAACUUCACCCUCAUCUAACGGGCACCCAAGUGUAUGGGAGGUUUGGUAGCUCCAUUGCACCACUGGGAGACCUAAACCAGGAUGGGUUUAAUGACGUGGCUAUAAGCUGUCCGUUUGGAGGAGAGAACCAACAGGGGCUGGUCUACAUCUAUAAUGGAUACUCUGAAGGUCUGAAGGAAAAGCCAUCCCAGGUGAUCGUGGGCCAGUGGGCUGCCGGGGCGCUUCCUGCCAGUUUUGGGUUUGCCCUCAGAGGUGCUAAAGACCUGGACAAGAAUGGAUACCCAGAUUUGAUUGUUGGAGCGUUUGGUGUUAACAAGGCAGUUCUUUACAGAUCCCGUCCCAUAGUCAACACCAGCGCCACUCUGACUGUUUAUCCCACCAUGAUCAACCCUGAAGAGAAGAACUGCAUGAUCACCAGUGGAAACACCACCAUUCCUUUUUCCUGCCACACCUGGCAGCUUUGGGCAGGUCUACGGUUCACUGUGCCACGACUCAAGGACACACACAGAACUGUCCAGUUUGAUGUCCAGAUUCGCAGCAAAAAUGAAAAUAAUUCUCAUAGUGAAGUUGUGUCCUACAAGCUGGAGGUGGUUGUUCAGGCGGACGUCAUCCUUCAGGGUGUGUCUCGGCCAGAUAAGGUCUUCUUUCCACCGGCCAACUGGAAAGUGCCCAAAACCUAUACAGUGGAACAGGAUGUGGGGCCUGCUGUGGAGCACAUUUAUGAGCUUGUAAACAACGGCCCAAGCCAAAUCAGCAACACCUUACUGGAGCUGCGCUGCCCUCUCCGUGUCCAGGGACGCACUCUCCUUUACCCUUUGGAGUUCUCCACCGAAGGCUCCAUCAACUGCACUGUGGACAAAAACAUGAACCACCUGAAACUCAGGCUGCAGCGAACGUCCACAGAGUCUCCUGUUCUGGCACUGAAGGCCCAUGAGCACCAUGUUGAGAGGAGGGACGUCCACAAGAACCAGCUCGCUCAUUUGACUAACCUGUCUUGCUCUAAUGUGGAGUGCUGGAUGCUGCAGUGUAACGUGGGUCUGCUGGAAAAGGGAACAACUGCCAUCGUCAAAAUGCGCUCCCGCAUCUGGGCCGAGACCUUCACUGAGAAAGCUUACAAACAGUAUGUGCUGGAGUGUCUGGCCAGAUACAGUGUGAAAAAGAUGCCAUAUGCAAUUCUACCCAAACAUUAUCCGACUGGACACAAAAAGGUGGUGACUCCGGUGGUGUGGAACAAGCCCGACAUCGAGAACUCAGUUCCUCUUUGGAUCAUCAUCUUGGCCAUCCUGGCUGGUUUACUGCUUCUGGCUCUCCUUAUUUACGUUCUCUACAGGUUUGGCUUCUUCAAGCGAUCUGUACCUUACGGCACUGCCAUGGAGAAAGCCCAACUUAAACCACAGGCUGCCUCUGAGGCCUAA